AUGUUUGGAGAGUACGUGAACGAUACUGAAGACGCUGUGAAAUAUAGCCAGUGGGCGCUGAAAAUCGAUGCUUACAGAGCAAAAUUGGCUCGGGGCGUGAAAGACGAGUUCAGGUUGCCUGACUACCUGUUGCCGACCGACGAGGAGCUUGGUCACGGUAUUGACGCUCGGGCUUUGGCUGCAAAGACGCUUACAGGCGAGGAGAUUGAAAUCACCACGUCUUCUGCUACAGAUUUGGUCCAGCGCAUGGCCACGGGCCAGUUGAGUGCUGUGGAGGUUUUCAGGGCGUUUGCAAAGACAGCUACGGUGGCUCACCAGCUUACCAACUGUGCUAUGGAGUUGUUUAUUGAUGAAGGCAUGGAAAGGGCCGAGGAGCUCGAUGCGUACUUUGCUGAAACUGGCGAAACCGUCGGGCCCUUGCACGGAUUGCCUGUUUCCAUGAAAGAGCAUUACGCUUUCGAAGGUAAGGUUACUCACGCUGGAUACGUGGGUAAGUUGGAUAACGUGAGCAAAACCAACUCCAGCAUAGUACAAGACUUGUACGACCAAGGUGCUGUCUUCUACGUGCGUACGACCGAACCCCAGAUGUUGAUGCACAUUUGCUCCAAUAACAAUAUCACUGGGAAGUGUAGAAACCCGUGUAACACCACCUUGACGCCUGGAGGGUCUUCCAGUGGUGAAGGUGUCAUGGCAGCGAUGAAUGGCAGUGCUUUUGGCAUUGGAAGCGAUAUUGGCGGCUCCAUUAGAGCUCCAGCAGCGUUUUGCGGUGCUUGGGGAUUGCGUCCUACCACAAAGAGAAUCUCUUUGGUUGGCGUGGCCAGUCCAUACGAUGAUCAGUCGCCAGACAUUGUCUACCCAACGUUGGGUCCACUUGGCAGAAACGCUGACGACCUUGCCUUAUGCAUGAAGGCACUUAUUGAACAGAAACCCUGGGAGAAGGAUCCGUUGGUUUAUCCUAUUCCAUGGAAAGAUGUUGCACCGCCAGAUCCAAAGACACUCACAAUUGCUAUUUGUUAUGACGAUGGGGUUGUCAAACCCACUCCGCCUAUUCUUAGAGCUCUCAAGCAGGCCAAAGAGAAGUUCGAGGCAGCAGGUAUCCAGGUUGUUGAGUGGAAAUCGAUCGACGUGGAGAAACUCGUCUAUGCCUGUUAUGUUGCCUACAACUACGACCAGAAUUACAGUCAAAAGAAGCGUCUCGCUCUUUCUGGCGAACCUGUGGUGCAUUUGAGCCAGAAACACUUUACGUUUGGCAAAGGCGAUGGUCCAGUCAGUGGCCUUGAGAUCCAAAGGCUUAUUGCUACCAGAGACGAGUACAGAACCAAAUACAUGGACGUCAUGAACCAGAUGGGUGUGGACUAUAUCUUGUCUCCUAGCUACGUUUCUGUUGCAGCAAAACCAGAGACUAUCACUUACUGGGGCUAUACUUGUUUGUGGAACCUCUUGGACUUCCCGAAUGUGGUGUUCCCUACUGGCCUUCACGUUCUGUCUGAAGAUAAAGUUGAUACUUCAUUUACUCCUCGUAACGACGUCGAAGAGUACGAGUAUAACCUUUACACUGGCCCGGAAGACUUUAUCAAUGCGCCAAUUGGGUUGCAGUUGACUGGAAGACGGUACAUGGACGAACAUGUUGUCCAGGCAGCCAAGGUAGUAGCAGAUAUCAUCAAGGACGAGCCCUCCAUGACCCAAAGAGCUAUGUUAUAG